AUGGCCUCUUCCAACUUGAAAAUGGGGAUUAUCUUCCUCAUUCAGACAGGGGUGGGAAUCCUGGGUAAUUCCUUUCUUCUUUGUCUUUAUAACCUCACUUUGUUCACUGGGCACAAGGUGAGACCCACAGACUUGAUUCUCAAACAACUGGUCAUAGCCAACAACUUGGUGCUUUUCUCCAAAGGGAUCCCUCAGACCAUGGCAGCUUUUGGAUGGAACUAUUUCCUGGAUGAUGUUGGAUGUAAACUUGUCUUUUAUUUACACAGAGUGGGCAGAGGAGUUUCCCUCAGCAUCACCUGCCUGUUGGGUGGCUUCCAGGCCAUUAGGCUUCAUUCUAAUAUCUCUGGGUGGAUGGAGCUCAGAAUAAGAUCCCCAAAGUGCAUUGGCUUCUGCUGUUUUGUCUGCUGGAUUAUGCAUUUCCUAUUAAACAUCUAUAUUCCUAUGAAAGUAACUGGGCCAUUGAACAGCAAAAACCUUAGUUUGAAAAAAAUAUAUGGCUACUGUCCUGGGCUACCACUAGAUAAAUUUAUAGGCUCAAUAAAUGUUGCCAUGUAUUUUUUCUUUGACUUUAUGUGUUUGGGCCUCAUGGCCUGGGCCAGUGGCUCGAUGGUAUUUGUCCUGCACAGGCACAAGCAGAGAGUCCAACACAUUCACAGCCACAACCUUUCCUCUAAAUCUUCCCAUUAGGCCAGAGCCACGUGCACCAUCCUGAUCCUGGUGAGCACCUUUGUCUCCUUUUACUCUCUCUAUUCUAUUUUGUCUUUUUGCAUAGCGCUUAUUCUGAGUCCAAAACAGUGGCUGGUAAGCACUGCUGUGUUCACAGCAUCAUGUUUUCCUGCAUUCAGCCCCUUUGUGCUCAUCAGCACUGAUGAGCGUGUCUCUCAGUUCUACUUUGCCUGCUGGACGAGAAAAACAAUUUUCCACAAUCUAGUUGUGAAGUUUCUGGUGCUGAAUCAGGACAGACCAUUGACUGAAGACUUUCCCACAAUUGCUGCACAUAUAAGGCCUUUCUGUGCAAUGGUAAACUUUCUGGUGUCAGAUGAGGUUAGAUCUUCAGCUAAAAGCUUUCUUACAUUUGCUGCACUUAUGAGGCCUUUCUCUGAUGUGAAUUUCUUGGUGCUGAACAAGUUGGGUGUUUUUGCUAAAGAAUGCCCCACAAUCCCUACACUCAUGAGGCUUUUCUCCAGUGUAAACUAUUUUGUGUUGAAUGAGAUCAAAUUUGCAGCUAAAGGAUUUUCCCACAUUCACUGCACUCAUAAGGUCUUUCUCCAGUGUGAACUGUCUGGUGUUGAAUCAGGCCAGAGCUUUGACUAA